AUGUCAGGGAAAAAACCUCUGCUGCUACUGAAGCUUGGCAUGAGUGGGACCGUCUCAGCUACAUUAUCAGACUCUCACUGGGACGACAUGGACAAUGAUGACCACUUUCGAUUGUGGACUGUCAGUGGCUGCAAAGAUGGUACAUAUCAUCUCAAGGGCCUUAUGAUGCAGUUAGUAUCAAAUAGGACACCUUUCGAACUUGGCUCCCUUGAGUUUCUCCACUGGCAGUUAGCCAUAGAAAAUGGCACGCAGGUGGAGGAAGACUUUUUGGAGGAGUUGCAGUAUGCCGUGACCUGCUUUCUUGGCUUCCAUGGUCGCAUUCACCGGGUCCAGCACGCGCUGCACCAACUUGUUGGCGAUGACUCGACAGAAUGGUUUCAUGCAGACAGGGUCGGGUGCCAGAUCACCAAGUACGUUGCCAUUAUCAAGGACUUACUCAAUCAUAUGUAUGGCGGCACAGUCAAUAUUUUUGACUACUGGGUGAAUGAUCUGUUACUGUGUAAUUCUGAACCUCAUUAG